AUGGCUAAACGGACAGUGGAAUCCUUCUACAAACCCAUCAGUAAACCCAAAAAGCCGCGUAUUGAGGACACCCCUCCAUCGUCCUACUCCCAUCAUCCCAGCUAUCGCUUCCCCAUCGCAGACCUCCCCCCAUCCAUCGCCAACGCGCUCCCGAAUCUCCCAGCCACCACACCACGCAGCAUUACCAACCAGCCGCAUCUGGACCUGCUCUACUACCGACCUUUCAUCCCUCCACCUACCGCCCGCGAGCUCUUCCACUUCCUCCGCCGCGAACUCCCUUUCUACCGCGUCCAGUACACCAUUUGCCGCGGCCCGACCACCACCCAGAUCACCACCCCGCGCUUCACCACCGUCUUUGGCGUCGACGACACCUCCCUCUUCACCCCUUCACCCAAUACCUCUGAUCCCAUUCUGGUCGACAGCAAAUCCCACACCCCCAUCCCAAGCACCAAAUACAAAUCCACACCGCGCCCAAUCCCACCCUGCCUCGACAUCCUCCGCCAACGCGUCGAGGCCGCUACCGACGGUGCACGCUACAACUUUUGCCUGGUAAACUACUACGCAUCAGGCGACGACAGUAUCACCUACCACUCGGACGACGAGCGGUUCCUCGGCCCGAAUCCCUGCAUUGCGUCGUUGUCGCUCGGCGCAAAGCGGGAUUUCCUCAUGAAGCAUAAACCGACUGAAGGUGUUGAGGCAGCGCCGGUCAAGAUGGCCCUGGCGGAUGGGGAUAUGGUGGUCAUGCGGGGCGAGACGCAGGCGAAUUGGCUGCAUUCUGUUCCGAAGCGGAGGGGGAACCUUUCUGGCGAUGAUAGAGAACUCAGCAUGGCUACUUCGCUUCCUAUCUAUUCAUUGCAAGAUGUCUCGCGACAUAAUACCUCCAAGGAUCUCUGGAUAGUAAUCGACAAGGAGGUUUACGACGUCACCCAGUUCCAGGCAGAGCAUCCCGGGGGUGAAAGGAUCCUGCAAAAGGUUGCCGGAAAAGAUGCAACAGACAAAUUCCUCGAGUAUCAUGAUACAUCAAUCCUCGCCCGUUAUCGAGACCGCUUGCAAGUCGGAGUGUUGGAGGAGACCAAGGCGCAGGAGCCAAAGAAGGGAUUCCUCAGUAGAUUCUUUCGCUCAUGA